UUAAUAAAUAAUUAUAAUAUCUCUAUGUAAAAAUAAAAUACUAUAUAUAUAUAUAUAUAUAUAUGUAAAGAGGGUGGUCCACCAUGGACCUCCCUUUUAUGCGGUCCACGAAGCCACUUAUAUAUAUAUAAAGAGGGUGGUCCACUGUGGACCUCCCUCUCAUGCAGUCCACGAGACCGAAGUGGCCUCGUGGACCCCGUGAAAAAGCCCCGCCCCAUGGGCCGCGAUUUUGGCUCCUUGCUCGGCGUUUUCGUUUUUCGCCGUUCACACGCGGAAAACGAAAAUAAAAAUUUUUCCUCAAAUACGUAAGACUAUUUUUCCCGAAACAUUUUUUUACGGCGAAAUAAACAAGUUGCAAAUCAUUUCUCCACCGAAAAUUUCUUUUCCAUCCAUUUUUACAUCAAACCAAACACCCCCUUAAGGUUUUAUAUACGAUUUGCACUUUGCUAAAUCGGAUUGAUGAAAAAUGAUACAAUUUUCGAACUUGCGUAUCGGCUUCUUAUCCAAAAAGCCCCCACAAUAGAUGUUACUUUUAUAAUUUAAAAAGUUUCAGCACGAAUUUUUUUGUUUUUUUAUAAUUUAAAAAGCCUAAAGCUCUCCAGGUUAACAACCAACUGUAUUAGAUAAUACUUGUUAUUGUAAAACUUAGGAUUGGACUCAUGGGUAACACAUUUAUAUAGUUGUGUAGUUAAUGCAAUUUAAAUUUACUAAAAUUAUUUAAUUUCAAAAAGAAUAAAAGCUAAAGAAGUUAUUUUGGAAUGACUUAGGCUUAGUUUGGUAUUGAGAUCUAUCUAACGCUAUUAGAUAAAAUUGAGUUGAGGAAAAAGUAUAUAGGGAGAUGCUUCUGUGUUCUCCGGUGGGACUGUAAAAUAUAUAUCGUAACUGACUCAUCGCGAUAUGCGAAAUGCAAUAUUACGUACUAUUUUUCCAUCGUCGUUUCUCACCGCACGUAACGCAAUCUCCUCGCAAUCCCAAGCGAAGCCUUAUAGUUGAGAGGUCUCCUUAUGAUUUGGUUGUGAAAUUACGAAAUUAUAAACUAUAUAGCGGUAAAAAAUUAUGUUGUUUAUUUUGAGGUCAAAAAUUUGAAACCUAUAUAUAUCUGAAUAAGAACUUAGUCCUGAACUUUAGGUUUAAUCUAUAGAUUAUAAUGAUUUUUUUUUUUUUUUUUUUUUUUGUAACCGUUAUACUAUAUAGGGUGCACUUUGUAAAAUUUAUAAAAAUUAUAUAUACAAAUUUAUCCUAAAAAGAAAUUUGAAUUUAUGAAAAAGAGUGAAACUUUUUUUAAUGAGUUGUGUUGAUUUCGCGAAUUAAUGGUAUCGAGCCACGUAAGAGAAUAUGAUUGGUCGGUCCAUGGCCGACGUGGUGAACCGGGUUCAGGGAAAAAGCAUACUCGAUUGCCGCGAAAAGACUCUUUUCCCGCUCCAUAUCUUUCCCGCCAAAACCAUUCCCCUUGUCCUUCUUCCUCGUCCUCUCCUUCGCCUCCCCGAAACCCUAAACCCUAGCGCUCGAUCCCAAUCCAUGCCGAAGAGGAGGACGGAACCCUCGCCAUCGCCAUCGCCCUCCCAUGGCGGCGCCUUCACCCGGAGCAGAUCCGAGAUCUUCCUCCACCGCACUCGAUCCGGCCUCGCCCGCCCCGACCCCGCCCCACUUCGCCAUCACCUCCUCCUCCGCCGCCUCUCCACCACCUCUCCACCACCCAUCCAUGGAGGAAACCUCGUCAAGGAUCUGCGACUGAGGCGCGUCUUCUCCCCAGCCUCUGUCUCCGUCGAGGAGGAGGCUUCCCCGGAUCGAACGGGUAAGAUCGGAUCAGGGGACGAUUCGGUGGGUGAAGAGAGGGGACAGGGUGGGGUUGAUGAGAUCUCGAAGAGUUUUCAUGGAUCUAAUGGAUUUGAUAAUAGUUCAAAUGAGAGCUCUGCGCCUGAGAGCGUAGUCGCUGUGGAUUUUGGGAUUAAGAGAGGGGAUCUAAAGGAUGGCGACAAGUUGGAUUCAAUUGAUCCUCCGAAGAGUGGAUCGCGCGCUCCGCCGGAGUGUGUAAUCGCUGUGGAUUGUAGCAUGAAGAGCAUGGAUUCAAAAGAUGAUGCGAAGUUGAAUGUGAUUGAUUCUCCAAAGAACACGGAGAGCACUCCACCGCAGUGUGUAGUCGCUGUGGAUUUAGGAACGGCGAACAUGGAUCGAUUGAUGAAGGAUUCUCAGAAUGAUAUUAACGGCGGUGUAAAGUUGGAUCCUUUUAGUCCUUCUAAGAAAAACCUUGGGCUUGCUCCAUGCUCUAGAUCGAAGCUGGUUCGGAAUCCGAGCCUGUUUAGCUACCGGAGAAUGCUUCCUUUUCUCACGGAUCUCGAUAAAGAGGAGAACCCUCCACGCGAAAAUAAAAAUCCUGCUGAAGUUGAAAGAAUUGUACAGGAAAAACAGUUAUCACCACCCGGAAAUCUUCUAUCUGAUCAACCGCCUCAACGUAGCAGCUUAGGCGGAGUAUCCUUAAAUGAAGAAUUGUGCACAAGCUCAGAUUUUGUUGACAACCCAUCAAUGAAUUCAUGCAACGGACGAUGUUUGGAAGUUUCUAAAAUCGAAUCUGAGGCCUCUCUUGUAGACCCCAUUAUCGAAGCACAGCUUCUUCACAAACCGGUUUGUUCACCUCCUACAUUUUCGGAAGUCUUUUCAGUUCAGGAAAUGGCUGGAAGCGCGCCAUCCACUAUAAUUGUGCCGAAAGAAGGUAAAGCGGACUGCAAAAAUACUGUUCCCACUAUAGAUAUUGAUCGAAGGUCAAUAGUAACAUCAAAAUCAGAUAUAGUUCAUUCUUCCGAAAGGCAUCUCCUUUCUCCGAAGAGGGGGAUUUUGAAGAGGCAUACUAGAGGAUGUAAGGGGGCAUGCAUGUGUUUGGACUGUGUUUCCUUUAGGAUACAUGCGGAUCGGGCUUUUGAGUUCUCGAGGAAGCAGAUGCAAGAGGCUGAUGAGACAAUAGCAGGACUAGUGAAGGAGUUGGCGAGUCUGAGAAAUCUCGUGGAGAAGUCUAUUUUGCCUUCAGUCGGCAGCGGAAGCUACGGCAUUCUUCAAUUCACUCAAGAUCUUAUCCAAGGAGCUUGCCGACGAGCCUCUCGAGCGGAGGCGAUAGCAAGUAACCGUUGUCGACAAAUGUUUAAUGAUCUAAACGCACAUUGCAGAAUCCCUGGGCCAAGGGUGACUUUCGCGGAUUGCGUAGAAGAACGGAAAAUCACAUCACCUGGGACGAACUGUAGUAAGUCUCUAGAGAAAUUUAUGUUCUAUGGAUCAUCGUAAACUUUUUUGUUGAUCAUCUCUUCUUCUUGUAACUUGAUUCGGAACUCGUAACACUACCAAUGGUUUUAUAUCUAUCGAAAAUCAUGCCGACGCUUGGUAUGAAAGAAUUUGUUUGUUUUCUACUGCUGCGAAAACCCUACUCUCACUUUGUGUUAUGUUGUCUGAGUUCCUGUGAAGUUUUAUAAAUCAAAGCUAAAAUGUGUAAUUUUAUGUACAGAGUCUUGGAUUGCAAGCUUAUGCUUUUGGUUCUUAAA